AUGAAUUCCGCCAACUUGAUUAACGCUGUCAAUCUCAACGCAGACACAGAUGAGGCGGCAUCGUCUAUUUCUCAUCAGAAGCGAAAUUCUAGUUUAGGGAGACGAUACAAAACCAACUUCACAACUUUUACCGCCAAUCCCCACGGGAUCUUUGAGGCGCGCAAGAGGAAAGGGAGUCAUAACGUCGCACACAGUAGCAAGCGUGCGCGGGUAGAGGGUACACGAAAAUCAGUGCAUUACGACGCGGUUUAUCAAAAUAACAGGGCGGCCAAAAAGCACAUCAUUGUUCGCAGCCCCACUGAUAUUUCGAAGCAACCUGGACAAUACCACAUCAUACGAUGUGGCACUCAUAACAUUAGCUUUGACAAGAACCCUGUUCACAACGCCGCGAAGCAUUUGCGCGCGCAACACGACAUAGCGGAUGCUGAUCAUGACACCGUCAUCGAGCACUUUGGUAUUAAGGUUAUCGGAUGCGACGAUGAGAAGCUGGAGCAAAACAACAAGGCCGCUCAGGAAGCUUUCAAAAAAGGACAGAAUGGCGCCGGCGAUUGCAUCAUAGUUCGCGAAGAUUUGCCUCCACUGGAAUCACCACAAACGACAAAAUUCAAAAAGCUGAGUCUACCGGCUCAACGCAUAAAACGUCGGAAAGCAACACGGUCGCAACUUCGAAAGGGAAAACAGGAAGACUACGACUACGAACUCGAAUUGGUUCCCGGCAAAGUGUACGCUAUCUACUGGAACGAGACCAAAUCCUGGUUCCCCGCCCUACUCCUCCCUUUACACGAUUUAGCGUCGAUUGGUAUACAUGAGUCAUUCCUUAGGAUGGGCUUUGUUAGACCAACACCGCUAUGUUACGAGUACGAUAGCUCGAGUCAAAGUUUUACUUGGGCCGACGGUUACGAAGAUGACGGACCUCGGUGCCUGGAUCGACAUUACCCUUUUGUUCUUUUCGAAGAGGGAGAGAAGAAGUUCCCCGAGGAAUGUCAAAAGGCGUGGAUACCGCUCUAUGAUAUCAUGCCCUGGAACGAGGACGAAGCUAGGAGGAUCGACCACAGCGAACGGGCCUUGGAAUACCUACGGGAGAAGGCAGCAGAAAAUCAGCGAGAGAUUCCAGAUUCGAUAGAUGAGGGUAAGUCUUUCCGAACUGGUGCGCUGGAAUAUUCUGACCUGAAGUGCGAUCCAGUAUCGGAAUCGGGCUCUGACGAAUCUGAGCUUUCUUCACUAGCGUCAGAGUCUUCUGCAGGGCAACAACUUGCAGCGGAGGCCGACGCCGCGAACUCUGAUGCUCUGGACGAGCCAGAAUUCCCUGAACAGUCCACAGAGGCCUCCGACGAAAUUGAUGUUCACCAGCAGCACGAUACUCGAUCCGAAAAUCAGCCCGAGAAACUGCCGAAUGAUCAUGAGAUGGAGGACGUUUCAGAUGAUACCCAGGAAGCCCAGAUCCCACAGGCCGACGAACCAGUAACGACCACCGUAGCCAUGACAGAAACAGCGGCGCAAGAGGGAGUAACAAGAAACCAAGAAAUUCAACAAGAACAAUCUCAAGCUCAAACGCGAGACGCGGCAGCCACAGAUGAUGAUGAGAUGGACCUGAGUCCUUCAGAAGCAACAAGCGAGCCCAAUGAAGAUAAGAGAAACCACACACUUGAAACUGCUUCCAAGGUUCCAGAGGUCAACGAAUCGCCUGGAGAAAUGUCACAAGAUGUAGAUGACAGCACGGAAUCAGAUGUCGAUAUGACGGAGGCUGACGAGGAGGAUGCGGCAAUUGAGGAGCCAGAACAAAACGACCUCCAGACGAGAGCGGAACCCCAGAACGACCCUGUACAAGACGUGCCCGCGCGCAAGACUAAUACAGACGACGCCGAGACUGUAUCGAAGGAACCAGACUUAAACCUCCAAUCCGAGGUGAAUCAUUCGGCAAAGUUUGAAUCUGGAAGAUGUUCUGGGGAGGCGAUUUUACCAAGAUGCAGACCCGGAAAGCAGCCAGGAUCAACACGCGAGACUCAAGAGGAUGGUCUCAAGAUUAAGGACUCGACCGAUGAAAGAAUUGCAAACAAGGAUCUCCUGAAGCUGGACUCGACGCCCAAAGAACUAGCCCCAGCAGAGACGGCUGCUUCAUCCCAAGAAGUGAGCUCUGCAGCGAAGCCAUCUAAACCAAGCCUGAAAGUGUCAGCUUCGCUUGACAAACCACAGCAAAGCUCGCUCUCACCAGCCGAGCUCGAAACCCUAUUACAGGAAGGUGAAAGUUUGUAUGACCAGCUUUCACAUUCCGAAUCCAUUUCACAGCAAGAUACCAAUACCCCUCCCAGUUCGACUUCCUCUGAUGAUAGUAGUCUUAUGAUGGCUCAUAACCCAUUCGAUGGUAUGAUGGUUGAAUCGAACUCUGUUGAGAUCGAGACAUCUCUAUCACACGUCAGGAUGGGUGAAGACGGUGGCAGGCCCAGUAAUCAAUCGCUGGCUAAGGAAAGUUCAAGUCAACAUCAUCCUUUAUAUGCUGAUGUUGGCGAACGAGCAUCCCUCCACUCUCGAUCAGUGUCUCUUAGUAGCGAGACACAACGGUUGUCACUGGAUGAAGCAAGCCAGCGGGGUCCAGCACCCAGCAACACUGUACAGCAGCCUUCCUACGCUGAGAUGGGACGUGGUGCUUCGACGCCGUCGCGACCUUCUACCAGAGAUGGCAGGGUUUCUCAGCAACAUUCUCCUGUAACUUCAACGGCCCAGCGCGCUUUCACACCGGCAAAUUCAUUCACCGCCAUCAACCAGUCCCUUGCACGACCUUCUCCCUACGCCAGCACUGGUCAAAGAGCGUCUACGUCUUCGCGUCCAUCUACUAGAGACCGCGAGACUCAUCAUCAGCAUUCUCCUUAUUCUGAAAUGGGCCGGCCCGCUUCCACGUCCGUACGAUCACCUACAGAACCCCCGCCUCAAAACUCAUCGGGACCAGGAGCUUCUUCGCACUCUCGUCCGUCACUCAGAGGUGGCGAAGGAGUACAAGUUCAGCCACCUAAGCGACGAGAAGGCUUGGCAGGAGCUCACCAUGAGGCUCGAUUAGUAUCGAAGUCACCGCCAGUUCAAAUGCCACUUCCUGUAGCUGCAGCAAGAGAUAAACCUCAAGUGCAGUCAGGCAGUCCACUACAGCAGGUGGCCGCUUCGCCAUUACGGGCACCUUGCGAAGUAUCACAGCCUAGUACCAUGCGCCCACCUUCACAAGCUGCUGAAGGUCCACGACAGUCGGCUGAUGCUCCCUCAAUAAGCUCUGGAGGUCUUCGACACCCUCAUGCGCAGUACAUUUCAUCGCCACCUGCGGUGAGUAUGGCAUUAACAAACCCGGGAUCAGCAUCCAGCCAGUGCCGAGAGACAACCGCCCUACCAGCUCAUGGACCGACCAUCACGAAUUCGCAGCCCAUACCUCCAUCUCGAGCAAUUUCCAACACGGCUGCUACGUCCCAGCCGCCCUAUGCGCCAGCGAACUUCGGGCGCCCUUCUAUCAACGGUCAUGUAGUUCGCGAGGGGCUACCUUCAAGACAGCUAGCACUACAAAGCCCUCGGCUCCCUUCCAUUCCCCAAAGCGCUCCCGCGCCGCCGGUUGCUGAGUCUCCAAGACUGUCCUAUGCGAGCACGUCCCGAUCGAGUUCCUUCUCCCAGGGUUACAAAGUACCUGUAGCUCAGCCACUACCGUCACCCCGGGUGUUAGCAGGCGAGACAUCACCCGCCCAGGACUUUCGUAUACCAGCUUCACCACACCAGCCGGUUAGAGAACUCCCCAGACCGUAUGCGACACGUGGACAAUCUUGGUCACACGUACCGCCCUCCCCGCAACAGACAUCGGUGAGAUUGCCACCCCCAAGCACUCUUGCUCAUGGGCACCCGUCACCGCCGAUCGGCGCAUCUCCACGCUUGCAGGCCAUGGAAGUUCCUCGACCUGGUUCAGCGAUUCAUGGGAGUAGACCUCCCACAUCCCCUCGCCAGUACGCAAUGAGUCUUUCUCGUCCAGGCUCUGUUGUUCAUGGAGCACAGGCACCGAGCGCGGCAUCAUCUCCACAGCUUGCAUCGGCAUCGACCACUUCACCAAGACCAAGUACUGCCAACACUAUACGUGGUCCACCGUCGAAUGCCAUGUCCCCACGUGAAAGGACAUUGUCAGUGGCACAAAUGGAAGCUUCCAGAUCCUCAAUUGGCGAGAGCCGGGGAAGUUCUUCCCAUGGACCCCUACCACCACUCCGUCACCACGGAAGCAACUACGUCCCUGCUUCCUCAGCACCUGAGUACACCCGGACAUCUCCGUCUAGUGCAAACCAUGCAUAUACACAUCCCAACAUCAAUACCCAAAAUCAUAAUGACCACUCAUACUCAUACAGAAGUGGUUCCCAAAACCGAGAUUUAACACCACGGUCUCACAGGCCCGCCUACCAAGUCCCCGUCCAACAAGGAAACCUCCCACCGAGACUUGAGUCUCUUCUCACCCUUGUCUCCCCGCCUGUCGCUCUAAAAAUUCAAGAGAAAACUGGCAUGGGCCACGAUUUACAACCUGAGGAUUACCUCAACUACGAUAACAAGUACCAAUGUCUAUUUUGUCGAAUUGGUAUCGCCGAGCGGGCGGUUUUCAUCCAACACCUGGAUAGGUUUUGUCCUUAUACCCAACCAGACCCUAAUAAACCAAAACAGGCGAAACAAGUUCGCCGUUAG